AUGAAGACCUCCAUCAUCUUGCACGUGGCAAUUACCAGUCUUAUCCAAGAAGCUGCCCAACACUCCUCUCGUGCCGCGCCUCCUCUCCCAGGUUACGGUGUUGAAGAGAUGCAGUGGAGCUUCAAGCCUCCAUUCGCCGAGCCGAUAUUCAUCAACGGAACUGUUCAGGACGUCGAGCGUAGUCUUGAAGAUACCAAUACUAUGAGACCCGAGCCAUGCAACGAAGUCGUGCAUCCCAUGGCGCCUGGCCAGGAGCGCAGCGUCGCCAGAGACACAAUGUCCGUCCAAUUCUGCGGCGUCUUCCCCACGGCCAACAGUCACCACAUCUCUGCCCAGAUCCCUGCCAUCACGACCAUUUCUGGACCCGCCGUUAUCGGCCCAGGGCCAGGCAACUGUGUCCAAGUCAGCUGCGCCCAAGGCUCCGCAAUAUGGUGGUGCAAUGAUCGCAAUACCACGAUCAUGCUUCCUCGAGGAAUGGAGCAAGUUGGCGACGCAGUGGACGCAAUCAUCGAUCAGUGCUGCGGCACAACCCGUUGCCGAAUGUUUCCAAACUUUCCAAUCUCCGGACAAGCCUUCGCGGAAGAGAAAUGGAAUGUCUUGGUGAAAGGGGAGGACUGCUGA